UAUAAGCUCAAAGUUGAGACUCAUUUUUUUAUUUUUAUUUUUUAAGUUUUAUUAAUUCAACAAGUUGAAGCAGAGUAAAAGAAAUGGAGUGUUCCAAUUUCAGUUUCAUUAACACCAUUGUUGUAUCAGUUGCAACACUUCUUCUUUACUCAGUGUUGAGAAUAACAUAUGUUGUCUGGUGGAGACCCAAAAGCUUGGAGUGGUACUUGAGACGACAAGGAAUCAAAGGCACUUCCUACAAGCUUUUUCAUGGUGAUACUAAAGAACUGGUCAUGUCUUCCAAGGAAGCAUGGUCCAAACCCAUGACUCAGAUAACUCACCAUAUCGUGCCACGUGUAAUACCAUUCGUCUAUCAAAUGGUGGAAAACUAUGGAAAAAUCAGUAUGAGUUGGAAAGAAACAAGAGCAAGUAUAAUAGUGGCGGACACUGAGCUGAUGAAGUUGGUAUUAGAAAACAAAAAUGGUCAUUUUGUAAAGCCACCACUAAACCCUCUGGUGGAUCUUCUACAGCUGGGAGUCUCUACCUUGGAAGGAGAGAAAUGGGCCAAACGGAGAAGGCUGAUAACACCUGCUUUUCACCUUGAGAAGUUAAAGGUAACUCCAAAUGCACCAGAAGGAUCUUGCUCAACUAAUAAAACUAUAGCAAUACAUGUACUGAUGGUUUCUGGCAAACAGGAAAUGAUACCAGCAUUUGCAACAAGUUGUUGUAACCUAGUUGAAAGAUGGACAGAGUUGGUGAGUCUAGAAGGAUCUUGUGAAUGGGAUGUUGCCCCAGAGUUCCAUAAUCUUGCCGGUGAUGUUAUUGCUCGAACGGCUUUUGGAAGCAGCUAUGAAGAGGGAAAGAAGAUAUUUGAACUUCAGAAAGAGCAAGCUGUUUUGGUGCUUGAAGCUUACUAUUCAUUCUACGUUCCUGGAUUUAGAUUCAUACCCACUAGAAAGAACAAAAGGAGAUACGAUAUAGACAAGGAGAUCAAAACAACAUUAAGGGAUAUGAUUCAUAAGAAAGAGCAGGCCAUUAAAAAUGGAGAAUUCAAGGACAAUGAUUUACUAGGCUUGUUGUUACAGUGCAAAGAACAAUCUGGCAAUGAGAUGACUGUUGAAGAUGUCAUAGAGGAAUGCAAAUUGUUUUACUUUGCUGGGCAGGAAACCACGGCCAACUGGCUCACGUGGACAUUGAUCACCUUAUCUAUGUAUCCAAAUUGGCAAGAAAAAGCAAGACAAGAGGUUUUACAAAUCUGUGGAAAGAAAAUUCCUAGUGCUGAAAACAUGAACCAUCUCAAAGUUGUGUCCAUGAUAUUAUAUGAAGUCCUAAGAUUAUAUCCACCCGUAACUGUUUUGCCUCGACAUACUAGCAAGAAAACUAGCAUAGGAGGAAUGCCGAUCCCUGCCGGAGUAGACAUUCAGCUACCAACAUUAUUGCUUCACUAUGAGCCAGAAUAUUGGGGAGAUGAUGCAGAAGAAUUCAGACCAGAGAGAUUUGCUGAAGGAGUUUCCAAGGCAUCAAAAGAUCAAAUCGCCUUCUAUCCAUUUGGAUGGGGUCCUAGAUUUUGUCUAGGCCAAAACUUUGCUAUGAUAGAAGCAAAGAUGGCACUAGCUAUGAUUCUUCAACGUUUCUGGUUCGAGCUUUCCCCUUCUUACAUGCAUGCUCCUUAUCAAGUUAUUACUCUUCAACCUCAACAUGGUGCUCCCGUCAUAUUGCACCAAAUCUAAGUUCCGUAUCCGGCUUGGAAUUUAAAUAGAGUGUUACAUAUGUAGUUCUUAAUGUAUUUUGGACUACGGAAUGAAAUAAGGUUUUCCAAUUUUAUAACUUCUUAUUGUUGGUGAAUGUUCAAUAAGACCAAGAAUAGUUUUGUGUGAA